AUUUAUAUAGAUUCUGCUUGACAUUCCUCUCUCUCUCUCUCUCUCUCUGUGUGUUAUAUGUACGAAUGGAUGGAUACAUACGUUUCUGUCUCUCCAUCUCUCGAAUCAUGUGGGUCUUUGCAUCUCUCUCCCUCAAGCACCCCCAUUGCUUAUCUUCUGGUUUUCCCUAACGCUGAUUCUUUGCAAAACCUGAAUCCCAUUUUCACACUCUGUUCUUAACCUUCGCAUCACAUUUGUAUAACCAUUACACAAUCUUUCUCUUUCUCUUACCCCAUCAACCCCAUCUUUCUUCUUUUGUUUUUUUUUUUUCUCCAAAACUCGUGGUGAUCAACAUGUUUGACGGAUUAUUGAAGUCGAAAUUCUACACCAAAUGCAAAUCAAAUAUCAAUCUGUUGAAGAAGCGGCUCGAGGUGAUAAGGAAUAAGAAAGGUGUGGUGCUGAAGUAUUUGAAGAAUGAUAUUGCUGAACUUCUUAGGAAUGGCCUUGACAUCAAUGCCUAUGGCAGGGCAGAAGGCCUUCUAGUCGAGCAAAACAUGUCACCCUGCUACGAAUUCAUUGAAAAGUUCUGUGGGUGUAUCUCCAGUCAUCUCUCUGCCAUGCAGAAACAGAGGGGUUGCCCUGAGGAGUGCAAGGAAGCUGUACCAUCUUUGAUGUACGCAGCCGCAAGAUUCUCUGAUUUGCCUGAGCUCCGAGACCUGCGAACUAUUUUUACUGAGAGAUAUGGAAAUUCCCUUGAAUCUUAUACAAAUAAAGAGUUUGUUGAGAGGUUGAGGUCAAAUCCUCCUACAAAGGAGAUGAAGAUUCAGUUACUGCAAGACAUAGCACAAGAAUCCAAUAUACGAUGGAAUAGCAAGGGUCUAGAACAGAAAUUGUAUACUGCUGCACCCAAACAAGAAGAUCCUAAACGUGGUUCGUUAAGCAAUAUUGAUGAUGAAAAACGGCAGAAAAACAAGGAUGAUGCAGUCCCAGAAAGAGACAACCAGAAUGCUGGGAACAGACUGAGCAAUGGGGAGGGUUUUAUUGCAAAAAGAAAGGAUAGCGACCUUAAUUUUCAUGGAAGAAAGGAUGUCAUUGAUGAUCGAUACAGGAUGCCUAGCAGUAGUGAAGAAGAGAGGACUACAAAUUUAUCCCAGGAUGGCCUAAAAACUUCUUCACCGUUGAACUAUAAAUUUAUCCCUCCACCUUACCUCAAAAAGAAGGCUGACAAACACAAAAACAGUUCAGAGGAACCCCCCACAAAAUUAAAAGGCAGUGUUGAGAUGGAAGCAGCUCAACAUGUUGGUGGUCCGGUUGUUGAAGAUAAGCCAAAACCAAGGUCAGUUAGGAGGAGAAACUUGAAAUCACAAGAAGAUGCGAAAGAAGUCCUGCGAACCAUACAUGCAGUUGGUGGUGAUCCAAUGGAUGAGGAAAGGAAGCUAGAUGGCCAUGUGAUGCAACACAGUAAGAAGCAGUCACCCUUAGAAUCAGGCAAAACAAAAGCAUAUCUGAAACCUACUCCUCCUUCACAACAAAGAGAUCACGAGUACGGUGAAUAUAGGAGGAAUAGAAUAAAAUCUGAUUUGGAUGUUCCACCUGCCAGAGCAGCACCAGAACCAACUUUACCCGAGGCAACAAAAAAGCAUGUUCGAGCCACUUCCUUACAAGCAGAGAUGCUGAGCAUGGCUAGGCAUGUGCAUCCCAAGCUACCAGAGUACGACGAAUUGGCAGCUCGGAUUGCAGCUCUUAAGGGAAGAUGAAGAUGCAUGAAAGAAAUAGAUAUGUAGAAAGCAAUUCUUUCUUUCUUUUUUUACUUCAAUUCUAUACAUCCUACAUGUGUGAUAUAACUGAUACGGGUUUCUUGUAUUGUGUGCUAGUUAGUUACUUUGAGUGCAUCAGUUUCUGUAGUCUGUUUGUGGCAGGCAACCGAAGGGGCAUGCUCUACCAGUUUCUUCACACUUUACAGGCUGACAUGCUGAACAUGUUAUGUUAGUGCAUGCCCAUCCUAAUUCCUAAGCUACUACAUAUAUCUGUAAUGAAUGUUCAUCACUCAUCAGCUU